UUUGGAUGGGGGACAGCCGGGGGAAGAGCAGGGCAGCAGCUCAGAGCACACACCGGGAGAGAAUCGGAGGUCUGACGAGAAGCACGAAGGAGGCACGAUGUACCUUAAGGCUUGGAUCUUGCUGCUCAGCUUCCUGCUUCCCUUCACCCCUGCAGCCGACACAGCGAAAUGUCCACAGCAGUGUGUCUGUGACCAGAUCCAGCUCACGGUGGCCUGUGUCAACAAAAACCUGACUGAAGUUCCUCCUACAGUCGAUGAGAACACAGUGAAACUGGAUCUUCGUGGUAAUGACAUCCAGGAGCUUCGCACUGGUGCCUUCAAACACACUCCAUACCUGACUCACCUGUCACUACAGCGCUGUAACAUCCGCAGAGUGAGGGAGGGGGCUUUCCGUGGCCUCGGUCGUCUGGUUUUCCUUAACCUGGCCAACAACAACAUUGACAUCCUCUACCAGGAGUCAUUCGAUGGUCUUUCCUCGUUGAAGCAGCUGAUGAUUGACCGAAACCGCGUGGAGGAGAUCCAACCUGGGGCUUUCUCUCAGCUUGGUUUCCUCAACCUUCUCUCCCUUACUCACAACCAGCUGGUCUACAUCCCUAACAUGGCUUUCCAGGGCUUGCAGAACAUUAAGAUGCUACGUCUCAGUCACAACUCCCUAAAUUACCUGGAUAUUGAGGCCUUUGCAGGUCUUUUCAUGCUCAGUCGUCUCAGUCUGGAUCACAAUGAGCUACAGUUCUUUCCCAGUGAGACUAUGACAAGACUGCCAGAGGUGAUCCGUCUGGACCUGAGUUACAACCCAAUGACGUACCUGGGUGAGGACACAGUGUCCAUGCCCAAACUGACCCAUCUCUUCCUGGACCACAUGUCUCUGCAGGAUCUUGCCAAUACAGCUGUAUCAAAAUCCCCCAGCCUUGUCCACUUGGACCUGAGCUACAACCAGCUGCGUGUUAUCCAUCCCUUCUCUGCAGGAACACCCAAGCUUGCACGCCUUAACCUGGCUGGGAACCCCAUCUACUGCAACUGCUACCUGCGUCCACUUAGGGAGUGGACCAUCAGCAAUAAGGUGAAGCUGUUAGGAACAUGUGGAGGACCAGCUCAUCUCUCUGGAGAGAAUCUGGAGGCUGUUUAUCCUCCAGAGCUUCGCUGUCAGAGCCAGGAAGCCAUGUUAAAGGCAGAGUUUGAGGAGGCAAACAGGAACCCACCUCCUCCAACUGAAGAGCCAGAGAGCAAGGCCAAGUGUCCAGCCAACUGUUUCUGUGAGGCUGAGACACACCACUCCUCCUGUGAGAACCGUGGUCACACCAAAGUGCCUCGAGGUUUCUCUCCCAACACACGCCUCCUUGAUCUGCGAGGAAACCACUACCACUACAUCCCCAGCAACAGCUUCCCUGGUGUCGCUCAAGUUGUAUCGUUGCACCUGCAGCGGUGCAAAAUUGUGGAGGUGGAAGACGGAGCUUUCAAUGGGAUGAAGGGACUGAUCUACUUGUACCUGUCGGAGAACGAUCUCACUUCCCUCAACCCGAAUGCCUUUAAAGGCCUCCCUCAGCUGACUUACCUCCACCUGGAGAAGAACCGCUUCACAAGCUUCCCUAAAGGAGCCUUCAAGCUGCUGCCCAGCCUGCUGGCACUUCACCUAGAAAACAAUGCCAUCAGCAAACUGGAGCCAGACAUCUUAACUGGGGCUGAGGGUCUGCGAGCCCUUUACCUGACUGGAAAUACCAUUGAGCAUGUGUCACCCAGGGCUCUGGACCAGGCCAGUGACCUUGAUACACUCCACUUGGGCAGAAAUAAGCUAAAAGAGGUGCCCACUGAAGCACUGAGCAAGGCUGGAAACCUCAGAGACCUGAGGCUAUCUGGGAAUUCAAUUCGCUGGGUGGGGCCAAAUGCUUUCCAUCCUUUGGAGGGGACACUAAAAGAGCUGUAUCUGGAUAACAUGGGACUGGAGAAGAUGUCAAAGAACUCCCUGGCAGGCCUGGGUUCAAGUCUGAGGAGUCUCUUCCUGGAGGGAAACCAGCUGGAGGACGUACCUGACCUCCAUCCACUCACCGCUCUGGAGGUCAUCAACCUGGGUGACAACGCUCUGAUGUGUGAUUGCCCUCUGCUGCCACUGCGCAUGUGGAUUGAGAAAGUCAACCUAAAGGUUCGAGCCACCUGUGCCAACCCCCCUGAGCUGAAGGGUCGCAGGGUCAAGGAUGUCCACAUUUUCAAAGUGUGUCCUGGAGGAGAGAGCCUCCCCUCUGCCCCUACCAUCAUCCCAAAGGUGGCUAAGCCACCCAAAGCGACCAAACCCAGACCGAUGCACCUCAAUGGCCACCGGCAGGUCAAAAUGCUACAAGCCAAAUCCAAAUCUAGACAGAGCACUAACACAAAACCAGAAGUGGCAAAGAAAAGCACCAAACGACACAACGUGGCUUGAAGCACUUAAAUCAGAAGUUUUUUCUGGCUCCUGUCCUGGACCAGUGUUUUCACAUUACAGCUUUCAAUAAGUAUUGGACUCAUGACCAUCAAAAGCUGUAGCUCCAAAGUGCUGUCAGUUUUAAACAUUUAAUCCAAACACAUUUGUCGGCCAUGCCCCGCUUCACACUCACAUUUAAGACAAUGAUGAAGACCAAGAACCACAAGCUUUUAGCUUCUGAGCAGCUGUUUUAAGUAUGUAUCAUAUAAUGCAGCUAAGUAAUAGUCAUAUUUAACCCCUACACCAUAGCUACACAAAGUACCAGUAUCAGUGAUGUUUCUGUCAUUUUUCUGGAGGAGGAAUUCAACAGAGCAAGUAAAAAAUGAACUUUUUUUGGGGAAAAAAACAGCAUUGGCAUAGCUACAAAAAAA